AUGCCGCCCCCACCAUCCUGGUCAUCUCAAGUCUCUGGAGCCGUUCCAGAGACCACCCGAAAGGCCAUGGCCAGCAUCGAGGAGUCCUUCUUCCUGAGCGAGGACAAGCUCAAAGCAAUUGAAGCUAAAUUCGUUGAAGACUUCAGGCUAGGGUAUAGCAAGUAUGGAGAGGCCAUGGCCAUGAUCCCGACGUUUGUGACCGGUGUCCCGAAUGGAUCAGAAACUGGAACCUUCCUUGCGGUAGAUCUCGGCGGAACAAACUUGCGAGUUUGUGAAGUCAUUUUACAAGGGAAUGGCAAGUUCGACCUGCGAGCACAAAAGUUCAAGGUAUCCACUGAACUGAAGACUGGAACUGCAACCGCCCUUUUCGAUUACAUCGCAAGCUGCGUUGAUGCAUUUUUGAACGAAUCAAGUCAUGCAUCUUCUUCGGAUGACGUCCUGUCGCUCGGUUUGACAUUCAGCUUCCCAGUCGAACAAACUGCACUUGACAGGGGGAAGAUUCUUACCUGGACAAAAGGUUUCUCUGCGACUGGUGCUGUUGGUCACGACGUUGUAGUGCUCUUGCAAGAUGCGCUGGAUCGCAAGAAUUUGCACGUGAAAUGCACUGCACUGGUGAACGAUACUGUCGGAACUCUUUUGUCCCAUGCAUAUGCUACCGGAGGUUGCCUAUUGGGAGCUAUCUUCGGAACCGGCACGAACGGUGCAUUUGUCGAGAAAACCGCUAGCUUUACCAAAAUGGGUAGUGCUUUGUCAGAAGUCAAGUCGGAAUACAUGGUUGUAAACACAGAGUGGGGUGCUUUUGACAACGAGCGGGCUGUGCUCGAUGUCACACCGUUCGAUAACAAACUGGAUCGGGAAAGUAUCAAUCCACGAUUCCAAUGCUUCGAAAAAUUGAUUUCUGGAAUGUACCUUGGAGAGAUCACCCGCAACAUCCUGCUCUACCUAAUCGACAAUAAUAUGCUCUUCUCUGGCCGCUCAACCGCCGAGCUCAACAAGCACUACGGGUUUGAUACUGCAUUGAUGUCUGCGAUUGAGUCCGAUACUUCCACAGACUUGAGUCAAACACGGCAAACCCUCGUCAAAGAGCUGAACUUGGAGGAUAAGUGGAUCAAGAGGGCCGACCUUGAGAUUGUCCGCUGGGCGUGUCAGUGCGUCGGAACUCGAGCUGCUCUACUUAGCGGUGUAGCGGUAGCAGCGACGAUCAAGCAGACUGGGGUAACGAAGGAUAUUUCGGUCGGAAUUGAUGGAAGUUUGUUCGAAUUCUACCCCAAUUUCGAGCAACGACUUCGUUUAUCUCUUCAACUUCUCGUUGGCCCCGAAAUUGAGAAAGAGGUCAAGAUUGGGCGUGCAAAGGAUGGAAGUGGCGUUGGAGCCGCUCUAUGCGCGCUCCAGGCAUCAAAGCAAGCUUAA